AUGAGAUCCUUCACCAUUCUUCCGCUGGCAGCGGCCGCCAGUGCCUUCGUCGUCCCCGACAUCGAGACAUUCUCCCAACUUCCCGUGCAUGGACAGGCGCCGCACCAUGAUGACAGCUCGUGGCAGGAUUGGUUCCCCUCGGCCGACUCCAUUUCUUCCUCGGUUCACGAUGUCGUGGAUUCAUUGUCGUCUGGGGUAGAGGAGACCAUCCACGUUGUCAAGGGCAAGCUCGAGACCGAGUUCGAGUCCAUCUUCGGGGAGGAGGCUAGCUAUGCUGUCGAGGAGCUCGACGCCUCGGACAAGCCCCACCGUGGCCCGCAUAAGAAGUCAAACCUUACCAUCUACCAGCUCAUCAGUCAGAGCAAGUAUACGACUGAAUUUGCCAAGCUUGUUGAUGAGUACGACGACAUUGUACAGCUGCUCAACAGCACUUCGGCCAACUACACUCUCUUCGUUCCCGUUGAUAGUGCCUUCAAGCAUAUUCCCAAGGACAAGAAGCCCAGCAAGGAGUUUGUCGAGUCUGUGCUUAAAUACCACAUCGGACUUGGCCUGUACCCCGCUGGCCGUGUGCUAGUGACACACACGCUGCCCACUGCUCUGGACGAGCCUCUACUCGGGAACAAGCCCCAACGCCUCCGAACGAGCGUCGGCCUGCUGUCCGGUGUGAGGGUUAACUUCUACAGCAAGGUCGUAGCAGUCGACAUUGGAGCCAAGAACGGUGUGAUUCACGCCGUCAAGAGCCUCCUGGUGCCGCCGCCGUUCGUUGGCCGUGAGCUGUCGCUCUUCCCCGGAAAGUUCUCCACGCUACUGCUGGCGUUCGACAAGACGGACUUCACUUCUUUCAUCCAUGACCAGGUCCUGAACGGCUCCACCGUUUUCGCCCCGGACAACAGGGCGUUUCAGAAGCUUGGCCCGGGCGCCAACGCGUUCCUGUUCAACACCGAGACAGGGCUCAAGUACCUUAAGGCUAUCCUCAAGUACCACAUCGUGGCCAAUGAGACAGUGUACAGCGACGCGUACUACUCGUCUGGCGAGGACGACGGUAGCAAGACCCAGGACGAUGUCGGCCGCGGCCACUACCACCUCGACCUGCCCACCCUCCUUGGGGACAAGAGGCUGGCUAUAGAUGUUGCCAGGUGGGCGGGCUUCAUUCGGCUCAAGAUCAAUGGAUAUAUCCCUAUCGCUGUACAGGACGGCAUUGCCAAGAAUGGAGUCAUCCAUGUGCCUGCCAACGUCCUCAUUCCUCCUCACAAGCACGGCAAAGAUUCGGGGGAGUCGGUCGACGGUGAGAUCAGUGUGGAGGAGCUGAAGGAGAGAUUGGCUGGGUAUGUUGAGGGUGAGGAGGAGGAAGGCGAGAAGGAGACGAAGGCCAUGGAUGAGGUGGAAAUUCUUUGGGAAUGCAUUGCAGAGCAACAAAUCUGUACUUCGGAUACGGCGUAUAAGGACGGGGCAAAGGGUGAGGUCGGUUGCAUUGGAUUAUCUCAGCACCACAACAUUGGCCGACAUCUGGCAGACACAAUCACAUAUGAGUAG